CUCCAAAACUACCCGCUCAUCAAAUAAAAAAUAGCAUUUCUACCCCUCAUAUUUACAGCUUUAUCAAAGAGCACUCACACAUUAAGCAACGCCUCCAUCAGCCAAAUGAACCCUUCCCUUCGCCGGAGCAGACCAUUUUCCGGUCACAUUAUCCGGCACCGGCGAACUCUUUCCACGUCACCCAACAAUCAAGUAAACGACAAAAACUUCAUAACAACCUUAAACAACAUCAUUCGAAGCAAACAAAGUUGGAAUAUAGCAUUAAACAGCACAAUUUCCACUAAACUAAAACCCCAUCAUGUUGAACAAAUUAUUCUUCAAAAUCUUGAUGAUUCCAGGUUGGCUUUAAGGUUCUUUAAUUUUCUUGGAUUACACAAGAGUUUUUACCAUUCAACAGCAUCCUUUUGUAUUCUUAUACAUUCACUUGUUCAGUCCAAUCUUUAUUGGCCUGCCACUUCACUUUUACACACCCUUUUGCAAAGAAAAGUGAACCCAAGAUUUGUUUUUGAUAAUUUGUUAGAUACAUAUAAAAGAUUCAAUUUUUAUCACAGUUUGGGGUUUGAUUUGCUGACUCAAAAUUAUGUACAAGAUAGGAAAGUAAUGGAUUCUGUGUUAAUUGUUAGGCUUAUGAUGGAGCAUUCAUUAGUACCAGAAGUAAGAACUUUGAGUACUGUGUUGAAUGCGUUGAUUCGAAUUAGACGGUUUGAUUUGGUUUUGCAGUUGUUUGAUAAAGCGGUGAAUUCGGGUGUUGAGGUUGAUGAGUAUGUUUAUACAGCUGUGCUUAAGAGUUUGUGUGAGUUGAAAGAUUUUGAAAAGGCUAAGGAAAUGAUGAAUUGGAUUGAGAGAAAUGGGAGUAAAUUGAGUAUCAUUUUGUACAACAUAUUGAUUCAUGGGUUAUGUAAGGGUGGAAGAGUUUGGGAGGCUGUCGAAAUUAAAAAUAAUUUGUUGGGUCGCAAAGGGUUGAAUGCUGAUGUAGUUACGUAUUGUUCUUUGAUUUUGGGGCUGUGUAAAGUGAACGAAUUUCAGGUUGCUCAAACCUUAGUGGAUGAGAUGUUAGGGCUGCGUUUGGUUCCUCGUGAGGCUGUAGUGUCGAGUGUUGUUGAUGGAUUGAGGAAAGAGGGUGAUUGUUUAGCUGCGUAUAGAUUAGUUGAUAUGACCGGGAAAGUUGGAGUUGUGCCUAAUUUAUUUGUUUAUAAUGCAUUGCUUAAUUCUUUGUGUAAAGACGGGAAAUUGGAUGAAGCAGAGUCUCUUUUUGGUAGAAUGGAGGAUAAAGGGUUGUGUCCGAAUAAUAUAACUUAUUCCAUCAUGAUUGAUUCUUUCUGCAAACAAGGGAGAUUGGAUGCUGCAAUAAAUCUGUAUAAUAGAAUGCUUGAUAAUGAGGUGGAAUUAACCAUAUACCCUUUUAAUUCUCUCGUCAAUGGCUAUUGCAAGGCUGGGAAAUGUAGUGCGGCAGAAUCUAUCUUUAAUGAGAUGAUUGAUAAAGGAUUGACCCCGACUGUUGUAACCUAUACAUCAUUGAUAGACGGUUACUGCAAGGAAAGGGAAGUGCAGAAGGCUUUUAGGCUUUACCAUGAGAUGACGGGCAAAGGAAUCUCAGCUAAUACUUUCACUUUCACUGCACUUAUCUCUGGUUUUUGUCGAGCACGCAUGAUGGUAGAAGCAAGUAAGUUAUUUGAUGAGAUGGUGAAAAUUAACGUAACUCCUAAAGAGGUCACUUAUAAUGUGUUGAUUGAAGGGCAUUGUAAAGAUGGGAACACCGUAAGGGCUUUUGAAUUGCUAGAUGAAAUGGUGGAGAAGGGUCUCGUUCCCGACACGUAUACUUACAGAUCUCUGAUAACUGGACUUUGUGCAAAAGGUCGAGUAUCUGAAGCAAAGGAGUUUGUUGAUGACCUUCAAAAACAACAUCAUUAUCUGAAUGAGAUGUGUUUCUCUGCUCUCUUACAUGGUUAUUGCAAGGAAGGAAGAUUAAAGGAUGCAUUAACCACUACCGAUGAGAUGGCAGAAAAGGGAAUAAACAUGGACCUGGUGUGCUACGGUGUACUUAUUGAUGGAACUCUAAAGCAUCAUGAUAUGAAAUAUUUAUUAAAUAUUUUGAAGGAGAUGCACGACCGAGGAAUGAAACCUGACGAAGUAAUAUACACUAGCAUACUCGAUGCAUAUGGAAAAGUUGGAGAUCUUAAAAAAGCUUUUGGAUGUUGGGAUAUAAUGGUCAGUGAAGGAUACUUCCCAAAUAUCAUGACGUACACCGUGAUGAUAAAUAACUUAUGCAAGGCUGGAUUAGUUGAUAAAGCAGAGAUAUUCUACAAGGAAAUGUUAGCUAGGGGGUUAAUACCUAACCAGUUCACAUAUAGUUGUUUCCUUGAUUAUCUCGCAGGUGAAGGGUACAUCAUAGAAGCUAAACAGCUUCAUGAUUCAAUGCUUAAAGGGUAUCUUGCAACCACUGUAACAUACAAUAUAAUUAUAAAGGGUUUAUGCAGAUUGGACAAAAUUCAGGAAGCAACGGAUAUUUUGCUUGAAAUGAAGGAGAAUGGUAUUUCCCCAGAUUGUGUAAGUUACUCAACUAUCAUUUAUGAAUUCUGUAGGAGGGGUGAUCUGUUAGGAGCAACAGGCUUGUGGGAAUCCAUGUUGACUAAUGGUCUGAAGCCUGAUACAGUGGCUUAUAACCUUUUGAUUUAUGGUUGCUGUAUCGCUGGAGAAAUGUCAAAGGCAUAUGAAUUGCGUGAUGAGAUGAUAAGAAAUGGUCUGAAGGUGUCUCAUGCAACAUAUGCUUCUUUAAUCCAAGGAACCUGAAAAAUGAGUUAGUCCACCAGAUCAAGGAUCAGUUACUAUGAUCAAGUAUUGACUAUCAAAAUUCAGAUAUUUGUACAGGACGUGAGCAUGUCAACUAAAAUGCCUCAUUCAUGAAUAUUUCAAGAUCCUGCCUUUUUAUAUGAGGACCAUGAACUAAGAUUUGGGCAUCUUUAGAACUAUGACGGAGGUUUUUCAUUUAUCUCCAGCUGAUGAUCUUCAUGACUGGACUGUUUUUCCUUCUCUUAUAGAGCCUGGUGUUUGGAAUAUAUCAGAGGUUCUCGAAGUUACUUGGAGAUAUGGACGUUAUUCAUACAGGCAACCGCUAAUAUGCUGUUGAUAUUGAAAUUUGCAAGCUGGUAUUGCAAUUAGGUUCUUGUUGUACGCUGCUAGGUUUCCCAUUAUGAGACUUGUCAUUCAAUCAGUUAUUCACAAUACUCAAACUGACGAGGCUGUAUGCACGUUCUUGCUGCUUUUUUACAUCUACUCUAGCUCAUUCUUGUCUGCACGUUAAUUGGAUCAAUGUUCUGUUCUUUUCUGUGUCUGUUUUUCUGUUCCUGUAGUUUUCAAUGGGGUGACAAGCAUAGUUUGUUCUUCAUUUCUUGUCGCAAUACAGGGCAAGUUGACUCCAUAUAUCCAAGCGGAUGGCAGAAAGGAUUUCUUGUAUCAGUUAUCAACAACUCAAAUCCCAAAUAGUUGAGGUCGGCUGUACGGAUUCGUUGUUUCCAUUUCACUAUAUUCAGGUCCAUUUGCACUCAAAUGACGAUGUGAUGGACAGUCCUGCUCAUUUGACACCAUCUUCAACUACUAUUUUUCCUCUGAAGCUGUCUUUAGCAAGAAUGAGGAUAAUAUGCAGCAAUCUUUAAAUGAAGCAGCACGGGAAAGCACCGAGGCUGUUGCUAGCGUUCUCAGUUUUUAUUACGUGGCUCGUGGUGGAAAGGAUUGAUCUUCUCGCCGCUUUGUUUACUUUAUCAGGAAAAGAGAAGUAUCAAUCUUCUCACUUCCCUUGCUCACUUUGAGCAAUCUAUGCAGGAUUGUCGAGAAGCUAUUGUGCCCCGUUGAAUGACACAAAAGGAAGCUCUAUGUAUCAAGGAUGUUGAUGUCAUACACCUGAUAACCUCAAAAGAAAAUGGUUAUUAGUCAUUAUGUAAUUAUCGAACCCAUAUCACAUGUAUUCUAGUACUUGAGCCGAGGGUAUAUUGGAAACCUCUCUACCUCCCAAGGUCGGGGUAAGGUCUGUGUACACACUAACCUUCCCAGACCUCACUUGUGCUGUUACACUGGGUAUGUUGUUGUAUGUCACAUGUAUUCUAGGUAGCAUAUUAAGUGAAUUUUAAACAUGCCCUUUAGUGUGGUUCAAGAAAAUGGGUGAAUAUAAACAAUUUGAAUUAAACAAAA